AUGAGCAAGGGACCUGGACUUUUCUCCGACAUCGGCAAAAAGGCCAAAGAUCUUCUAACGAAGGACUACAACUCCGAUCAGAAGUUCACCGUCUCCACCUACAGCGAUGCCGGUGUGGCCCUCACGUCAACAGCGGUGAAGAAAGGAGGACUUUCCACUGGGGACAUUGUGACACAAUACAAGUACAAGAACACUGUGGUUGAUGUCAAAGUUGACACAGAAUCAAAGAUCUCGACAACCUUCACAAUCAAUGAGAUUGUCCCAUCAACAAAGACUAUUGCUUCAUUCAAAGUACCUGAUUAUAACUCUGGCAAGUUGGAGGUUCAGUACUUCCAUGACCAUGCAACCUUCACUACAGCCAUUGCCUUGAAUCAAUCGCCAGCCAUUGAUUUUUCAGCCACAAUUGGUACCCCAACCAUUGCAUUUGGUGCAGAAGGGGGUUAUGACACUACUUCUGGAAACUUUACUAAGUACACUGCUGGAAUUAGCGUGAACAAACCAGACCAGUCUGCUUCAAUAAUUCUGGGUGACAAGGGAGACAGUAUAAGAGCAUCUUAUGUGCAUUUUCUGGAUGUGUUGAAGAGGACUGCUACUGUGGGAGAGAUCACUAGAAAGUUUUCCACAAACGAGAACACUUUCACAGUGGGAGGGUCAUAUGCUAUUGAUCUUCUGACUGUAGUGAAAGCUAAGCUCAACAAUCAUGGAAAGCUGGGGGCCCUCCUGCAGCAUGAGGUCAUACCAAAGUCGUUGCUGACAAUAUCUGGGGAGAUUGACACCAAGGCCCUGGACAAAAAUCCCAGGUUUGGAGUGGCCAUUGCCCUCAAGCCGUGA